CUCCUAUCCCCACCCUGGCCCACAUGUCCCACCUCCAGGGAGGAACCUAUGGUGAGUGAGGUCUUAAAGAGAUUCCCCCUCCUAGUGGUAUAAAUAGGCCAGGCUCACGUUACUAAGCAUUUCACUGGUAGGAGACUGGCUUGGGAGACUCUUCUUGGAGAUGCGCUUCAGGGACUCACUCAAAGGAGCAGGCCCCAGAUACCCGGGUGUGCUUGUGUCAUUGGCCGGCCGCCAUCGACAUCGCAGAGAGAUACCACUGAGGCCUGGCCGGGCUGUCAGUCACUGAGCUGCUGGUCCGCACCGAGGGGCCGGCGGGGCCGGCGCCGCCAUGGCGGCCACAUUGGACCUGGACAUGGAGACCAAGGAAAGAAGCGAGGGCUUGCCAGAGCUCAGCCCUGUGGACGCGUGUCCCCUCGCCGACUUGAGGAAGGCUGCCUUGGAGCCCGUGGGGCACUGUGAGGAGGUGGAGCUGACCAAGACCAGUGUGAACCCCGGCCCCGAGCACCUUGGGCCGCCCUGCUUUGAGCUGCUGCGUGUGCUGGGCACGGGGGGGGGGGGGGGGGGUUAUGGCAAGGUGUUCCAGGUGCGAAAGGUGCAGGGCACCAACUUGGGCAAAAUAUAUGCCAUGAAGGUCCUGAGGAAGGACCAGAUUGUGCGCAGCGCCAAGGACGUGGCGCACACCCGGGCCGAACGACGCAUUCUGGAGUCGGUGAAGCACCCCUUCAUUGUGGAGCUGGCCUAUGCCUUCCAGACCAGGGGCAAACUCUACCUCGUCCUCGAGUACCUCAGUGGCGGCGACCUCUUCACACACUUGCAGCGAGAGGGCAUCUUGCUGGAAGACGCGGCCUGUUUCUACCUGGCAGAGAUCACACUGGCCCUGGGCCACCUCCACUCCCAAGGCAUCAUCUACCGGGACCUCAAACCUGAGAACAUCAUGCUCAACAGCCAGGGCCACAUCAAACUGACGGACUUCGGACUCUGCAAGGAGUCCAUUCACGAGGGUGCUGUCACCCACACCUUCUGUGGCACCACUGAGUACAUGGCCCCUGAGAUUGUGGUGCGCUGCGGCCACAACCGGGCUGUGGACUGGUGGAGCCUGGGCGUCCUGAUGUACGAGAUGCUCACUGGAUCGCCACCCUUCACUGCAGAGAAUCGGAAGAAAACCAUGGACAAGAUCAUCAAAGGGAAGCUGAGGCUGCCCCUUUACCUCACCCCGGAUGCCCGGGACCUCGUCCAAAAGUUUCUGAAGCUGAAUCCCAGCCAACGGAUCGGGGGUGGCCCAGGGGACGCUGCGGAUGUACAGAGGCACCCCUUUUUCCGGCACAUUCAUUGGGAUGAUCUCCUGGCCUGCCGCGUGGACCCCCCUUUCAGGCCCUGUCUGCAAUCAGAGGAGGACGUGAGCCAGUUUGACACCCGCUUCACGCGGCAGGCACCAGUGGACAGUCCGGAUGACACGGCCCUCAGCGAGAGCGCCAACCAGGCCUUCCUGGGCUUCACGUACGUGGCGCCCUCCGUCCUGGACGGCAUCAAGGAGGGCUGCUUCUUCUAGCCGGAGCUGCGCUCCCCCAGGCGCCUCAACAGCAGCCCCCGGACCCCCAUCCGCCCCCUGAAGUUCUCACUCUUUGAGGGGUUCUGGCCCAGUCCCGCCCCACCAGAGCCCAUGGAGCCCCCUCUACCUCCUCUCCUGCCAGCACCGCCACCACCACCCUGGAGCACUGUCCCCCUCCCCAUCCGACCCCCCUCAGGGAGAAGGAAGUCCCAGAGGGGCCAUGGGCACCCUGGGCACUAGGAGGAUGGGCAGGGAUGAAGCCAGCUGCCGAGGCUCCUGCCUGCGGGCCAAGAAGCACCCCAGGGGACAUUGGGGUCCAGGAGUGAGUGUGUGUGAGCGCCUGUCUCUGUUGGGAGUGGCCAUGCCCCUGAUUCAUGAGCGGGGGCUGGCUGCGGGGGAGGGCCUUCCACCGCUGAUCUGUGUGCUUGCAGAAUAAAGGAUCAGA